AUGACUUCAAUUGAUUUAGAUGAUGAUCUUAUUUUUUUUACUAUAGAUUCAUUAGAUGAUGAUGAUAAUAAUGAUAAUGAUCAUGAAUAUUGUUCACGUAUAAAAUCUGAUUUAUUAACAAAUGAUUAUUUAUCAGUUGAUCGAAUUCAGUCAACAUCAACUAUGAUAUCAGAUAAUAAAAAAAUGUCAGAUAUAACAGAUUUACUCGAUUCAACAGAAUUUAAUGAUAAACAAGAAAAUGUUGAUUUAAUAUCAACAAAUGUUUUAGAUUAUUUACGUACACAUAAUUUACAAAAUGAUCAAGAUACUUAUGAAAAACAUCAAUGGGAAACUGAAGAAAAUUAUUUAAAAUAUGGUUCAAAGCAAUUAUCACCAAGUGAUUAUUUAGCUCGUACAUCACUUUAUAAUCGUCCUGUUGCUUUUGAAAAAGAUUCGCGUUUAUGGGCACGAAGUUUAUUAGAUAAUUUUAAAAAAUCCAAUCACAAUUGUAAAUCAAAAUCAUCAUCAGUUAAUUUGGCUUAUUAUUUACCAGUUAUUAAAAAAUCUUCAUCAUUUGAUCGUCAUGUUCAAUAUGUAGAACACUUAAAUGAAUGUAAUGAUUUUCCAGCAUAUUUAGAAUAUUUACGAGAAAAUCGUUCACAAUUAUUUUAUACACUUACAGAUUCGAUUGAUAUUAUUGAUGGGCUAAUUGGAACAGUUGUUUAA